UUGGUAGAUUAGCUGGUCAGUGGUCAGUCGUCGAAAGAGAAUCUUUUUUGGAGAAGAAUUGUGAAGAACUUCAUGGGAACAAGAUCAAUUCUUUCUCGAAUCUCUUCAAACAUCGCAAUUCGAAUCCGCCAUAACCAAAAACUUCAAACUUCAUCUUCCUUUUCAUCUUCUUAUUCUUCCUUAUCUUCUUCUGCUGCUAUUCUUUCAGAUUCUUCCCCUUCUUCCUCCGAUGAGAUUCAUAUUACUGAUAAUUUUGUUCGGAGGAUGAAAGAACUGCAAGCUACUGAGAGUGGAGAAAAGAUGCUUCGCCUAAGUGUAGAAGCUGGAGGGUGUUCUGGUUUUCAAUAUGCCUUUGCUCUGGAUGAUAGAAAAAAUACUGAUGACAGAAUCUUUGAGAAAGAUGGCGUCAAAUUGGUGGUUGAUAAAAUUUCUUACGACUUUGUGAAAGGUGCAAGUGUUGAUUAUGUUGAGGAACUUAUUCGCUCUGCUUUUCAGGUUGUUGAAAAUCCAAGUGCAGUAGGUGGUUGCAGUUGUAAAAGUUCUUUUAUGGUGAAGCAAUAGUCCAAACUUGAGCAAAAACACAUGCAUACGAAAUCAAGUGAUACAAGACUCAACAUUGUGGCUUUUACGCAAAGUCCGCUUUUAAUGUGGUUCUCUUGUAUUUAUGUUCAAGCAAGCAAUUAUUGCACCUAUUCAUGAAGAUGAACCUCUAAUUUGUAUUGUUUGUACGAAAUAGCUAUUCUAUUAUAACAUGUCUUUUUGGUUUAACCUACAUUAGUUUGCUUCAUCAAUUUACACA